AGUUGUAGACCGGGCGCUAACGAGGUGCUGUGUGCCGAGAAUGGUAAGGCUGACAAACAGCAGCAAACACCCGGGCGCUCAGCGGUCUACUGCUUGACCAACACUGUCGGUGACUGCGACACACUCACCUUCCGCCAUGGCGACUGCUGCGACUCUGCCCCCCAUGAACGCCUCGGACGGACCCUACCAAAAGCGCAAGAGGUCGCGCUCCCUAGAAAACUCGGAGCAACCUCCUUCGAGUCGGCGCAGGUCAGCUUCCCCUCCAGGCCCGGGUCGCCUGGUUGAGCUUCCGAGGGUGGACGAUGUUGACCCUGCGCGACGCGCAGAGCGACAGCGGCAGCUCGCGGCGCGCAUGGCCGCCCUUGAGCUUGAGAAGAUGGAGCGCGAGAAGGGCAAGGAUGGCGACAAGAAGGAUUCUGAGUCCAAUGCAAAAGCCGAGUUUGCCAAGCUGACAAACACGAAGUCUGGUGGUGUGUACAUGCCUCCGGCUCGCCUGCGCGCCAUGCAGGAGGCGGCGUCGAAGGACAAGGCCGGUGCAGAGUACCAACGCCUCUCGUGGGAUGCGCUGCGCAAGUCCAUCACUGGUAUUGUCAACCGAGUUAACGUGGCGAACAUCAAGCACAUUGUCCCGGAGCUCUUCCAAGAGAACCUUAUCCGUGGCCGAGGCCUGUUCGCGAGGAGCGUGAUGAAGGCCCAGUCAUCCAGUUUGCCGUUCACGCCGGUAUUCGCGGCGCUCGUGGCCAUCAUCAACACGAAACUUCCUCAGGUUGGCGAGCUACUCUUGACUCGGCUGAUCAGUCAGUUCCGGAGGGCGUUCAAGCGUAACGACAAAAUUGUGUGCCAUUCGACAACGACUUUCAUUGCGCACCUGGUCAACCAAGGUAUCGCGCAUGAGAUCAUCGCACUUCAGAUCCUUGUGCUCCUUCUCGAACGCCCCACCGAUGACUCUAUCGAGAUUGCAGUCGGCUUCAUGCGCGAAGUCGGUGCCUUCCUCGCCGAAAACUCGCCCAAGGCGAAUGCAACUGUCUUCGAGCGCUUCCGUGCGGUGCUCAACGAGGGCACGAUCAGCCAGCGAGUGCAGUACAUGAUCGAGGUGCUCAUGCAGGUCCGCAAAGACAAAUACAAGGAUAACCCGAUUGUCCCGGAGGGGUUGGACUUGGUGGAGGAGGAUGACCAGAUCACGCAUCAGAUUCAGCUCGAGGAGGAGCUGCAGGUGCAGGAGGGACUAAAUAUCUUUAAGUUCGACCCGAACUACGUGGACAAUGAAGAGAGAUACAAGUCUAUCAAGGCUGAGAUCCUGGGCGAGGGCUCGGAUGACGAAGAGGGCGAGACAGAAGAGACGACAGACGACGACGAGGAAGACGAAGAAGUUGUCGAAGAUAAAGCCGGUAUUGACGACCGCACGGAAACGAAUCUCAUCAACCUACGCCGUGUGAUCUAUUUGACGAUCAUGAAUGCAUUGAACUACGAGGAAGCUGUACAUAAGUUGUUAAAGGUUCAGAUCAAAGAGGGUCAGGAGAUCGAGUUGUGCAACAUGAUCAUCGAAUGUUGCUCGCAAGAGCGCUCGUACUCUACGUUCUACGGCCUCGUCGGCGAACGGUUCUGCAAAAUCAACCGCGUGUGGAACGAAUGCUUCGAGGAGGCGUUUACCAACUACUACACUACCAUCCACCGCUACGAGACGAACCGCCUGCGCAAUAUUGCACGCUUCUUCGGGCACCUCUUCGCGACCGACUCCGUCUCGUGGGCGGCUCUCGAGUGCAUCAGGCUCACAGAGGACGAUACGACCUCGAGUAGUCGUAUCUUCAUCAAGAUUAUGAUGCAGGAGGUUACAGAAUCGAUGGGUCUCAAGACUUCGGUCGAGCGUUUCAAAGACGAGGAGGUGAGGAUGGCUUGCAGGGGCAUGUUCCCCAUGGACAACCCGAAGGACACCCGGUUCGCUAUCAACUACUUUACGAGUAUCGGCCUCGGUGCAGUCACGGAGGAAAUGCGUGAACACUUGAAGAAUGCGCCAAAGAUCAUAAUGGAGCAGCGUCGCGCAAUGCUCGAGGCGGAGUCUUCGUCCUCCGACUCAGACUCGGAUGACGACGAUAGCUCGUCCGACUCUGACUCCGACCCUACCUCUUCUGACGCAUCCGACUCUGACGAUUCCCGACGCUCACACCGGAGACGCCGUUCACACACCCCGCCACGCCGCGACCGUGGGCAGGAUUCGCGCACACCUCCACCUCCACCUCCACGUCGGCGUCCGUCCCCCUCUCCCCCGCCACGCUACCGCGACGAUAGGCGCCCAGCUCCAUCACCGCCGCGCUACCGCAAAGACGACAGAGAUGUGCGGAUGACCGACGGCGAUCGGGACAGGGAUAGGUACAAGUCGCGCCGCGACUCGCCGCCUCCCCGUCGCCGUGCAGUAUCUCCGCCUGAUUCGCGGUCUCCACCGCCGAGGGGCAGGUACGACAGCCCACGUCGUCGAUCACGCUCGCGCACGCCUCCCAGGCGGGACCGAGACUACGAUAGGAAGCCGCGUGACGACUCGCGGGACCGGAGGGAUAGGGAUGAUCCCAGGGAUCUCCGACAGUCUGAUUCGCGGGACAGGUAUCGGCGAGACUCGAGGCGGUAAUGUGGAUGUAGGGUUGUAUGAUACGAUAUGCACGUUUUACGGUUUAUGGUAGCUUGGCUGCUUGAUCAAGUUGAUGGGAUGCGUAUGUACUGUUUGUGCUUUGUUAGCAUCGCUGUAAUGCCAAAGCUAAAUGUCACCCUGGA